AUGGAUAAAAUUUGUGAUAGCGAACAAGAGGAAAUUGCAAAGGAGGACGGCCUUCCCGAAUACGGCACAUCCGCGCAUUUGUGGGAGAGAGACACAUUCACAAUUAGCAUGCAGCAAACUCAACUUUCUGUGUACCUCAUACAUUGUACCACAUUGCAAGGUAUCAUAGAUCAAGUCCAGCGCGAGCCGUGGAAGUACAGCACGAACCAGUCCGCAGCCUGGUACUACGGCAAGAUGGUUGAACUGUCAUACAAAGCGCGCACUCUGGCUGAAGCGUUGAAGAGUGAUGAGUUGCAGGCUCGAUGCGAGUACUGGGCUGGAAGAGGAUGCGGCGGCUCGAGAGAUUACGGCGCUGCUGAAAAGCACUUUCACCAGGCCAUGUUGCUCGACGUACCAAACGAUAAGUACAAGAAUGGUCGAGCGCGUCCAAGAGGCCUGCUCCCGAAAGAAAAGGCAGAUGUGCGAUUCUUGCUCGACAGUUGUCACAAGCGGGCCAAGAAUCAUAGACACUACGGGAAGCGCAUGAUGCAGGAAGUGGAGAGAAUAAGAGCCAUGGCCGAUGAGGAUGGUCUCCCGCUCGAUGCGUACACGGAUCAGACCCAAACAACCGUGCCGUCAAGUCCGCCGUGGCUACCUGAUCGCGAUCGACUGGUUGCACUUGCUAAAUUGCAAUUCGAGAAGUCAAGUCCGAAGCUGGAACAGGCUCUGGAAGAAGAGGCCCAAGUGGGCUUGCAGACUGGUGAUGAAUAUAUUCAGGCGGAGAACAGACGGAGGCUGACUAAGAAAGAGUGGGUGUACAUCAAGUACGGAGACGUGCAGGAGGUGGAACGUCGGGAGAGACAGAUUAAGCCCAACGCCGUCGCGGUCCUUGAGCUCAUCGCGACCGGUGCCGCCCACCAACUUGGAGCAGCCACCAAUCUCAAGUCUUCAGACUCUUUCGCAUGA